AUGCAAUCACCUCGGCGGCGCUCUGUUGAUUUAGAAGCUGGCUUUGCCGGCGACGACGGCGUGAGACAGGAAAUGGCAGUCUAUCACGGCGGCGGCGGCAGCGUUGUUGCUGAGUCACGGAACCCCGCUCGACGCUUUAGAGUAUCUGAGAGGGAAGAAGUCUACGGAUCUCAUGAUGAAGAUACUACAAGGGUUGCUGCACGGCUUUUAUCUCAGUCAGAGGAACCAGUACAAGUUGUUGGAAUUGGAAUCCCUGUCUCGUGUCCAGAUGAAUUUCUUGGUAUCAAAUUGGAGGAACUUGCUUCUAUAUCCAGAGAUGGUGGUCUAAGUGUUCUAAAGCGAUUUGAUGGGGUUAGCGGAUUAUCACCUCUGUUGCACACCGAUCUAGAGAAGGGUAUCUGUGGUGAUGAUGACGACAUACUGAAACGAAGGGAAGUGUUUGGAGCUAACACUUAUCCGCUGAAGAAAGAAGGGAACUUUUGGAUGUGUCUCGUGAAAGCAAGCCGAGGUUUUACCUUGAUCGUGUUGGUUUGUGCUGCAAUGGCUUCUCUGCUGCUGCAAAUAAAAACUAAGACUAUCAAUCAUGGAUGGUAUGAAGAAGUUGGCAUCAUUGUUGCAGUUAUCCUUGUCGUCUUUGUGACAGCUAUCAGUAACUACAACCAGUCUCUUCAAUUUGAAAACUUGAACGAUGAGAAGAGAAAAAUAUGUGUCGAGGUGCCUGCAGAUGGUGUCUUAGUUUCUGGGUACUCACUUCAGAUAGGCGAAUAUGAAAGCAUGGGAAUUAACAGAACGGUUCUCAAAGACACAAAUAUAGAUCCAAUUCUAAUAUCCGGAUCUAAAGUGGAAGAUGGCAUCGGUACAAUGCUGGUUACUAGUGUCGGGAUGAACACUCAGUGGAGGAUGCCUAUGGAUUGUGUUCCACUUUAUACUGGUAAAGAGACACCGUUGCAGGUACGUUUUAUUGGUGAAUGGCCCUUUUAUGUAUGCUUGUUGCAGUUCUUUAUUCACCUGUUAAAACCUUUCAACCCCAGAUACUUCAUGGGUCGAACCAAAAAUACAGAUGGUAGUCCUAUGUUUGAUGCUGGGAAAACUACGUUAGAUGAAGCAAUAGACAUGGUGAUUAAGUUUAUAAUUUUGGGGGUUACCAUUGUAGUCGCUGCAGUGCCUGAAGGACUUCCAUUAGCAGUUACUUUAAACAUUGCCUAUAUGACGAGAAAACUUCGAGGAGAAAAGGCUUUGGUGCAAAAGCUCUCUGCCUGUGAAGCGAUGGGGUCUGCAACAACUCUUGUAUGCCACAAAACCGGGAUUUUAACCUUAAAUCAGAUGGAGGUUGUUGAUGUUUGUGCCGGAGGAGUACAAACGCAGAAUUUGGAUACUAUGGCACAGUUGUUGCCUCCCCUUCUGAUCUCGUUGAUCAUCGAAGGAAUUGCCCUGAACACGAAUGGGAGUGUAUAUCAUCCUGAGGGACAGUCUGAACCAGAGGUCUUUGGAUCAGCAACAGAACGUGCCAUUCUUAAUUUCGGUGUCAAGUUUGGAAUGAAUUUUGAUGAAGUAAAGUCAACAUCAACAAUUUUUCGCGUUUCACCUUUCAAUUCAAGCAGAAAACGUAGAGGUGUUGCAGUCCAAUUGCAUGAUUCUCAAGUCCGUGUUCAUUGGAAAGGUGCUGCGAAGACUAUUCUAGCUUCUUGCCAGUGGUAUAUGGACAUGGACAACAUAGCAGCUAUGGACCAAGAAAAGAUAAUUCAUUUUGAGAAAACCAUCGAAGAUAUGUGCAACAAAGGAUUGCGCUGUGCUGCCCUUGCCUACAGAACUUUUCCCGAAGGAGAUAUUCACAGGAACGAAGCAUUCCCAAACAUACCUGAAAGCAACCUCGUGCUAUUGGCUAUCAUUGGUAUAGAGGAUUCUUGCCGGCCAGGCAUAAGAGAUGCAAUCCAACAAUGUCGUAAUGCUGGAAUAAAGAUGUGCAUGGUGACAGGCGACGACCUUCUGACUGCCAAAGCAAUAGCAAAGGAAUGCGGGAUACUGACAGCAACAUCAGAUACAGAUACACAUGCGAAUGCAACAAUCUUAGCAAGUGACUUUGCUUCAAUGUCAGAAGUAGAAAGAGAAGAAAUUGUUGAAAAUAUUCUAGUGAUGGGUCGAUCUUCUCCUGAUGAAAACCUUCUUUUACUCGAAGAACUGAGUAAGAAGGGACACGUGGUUGCAGCAACUGGAAAGGGAAUCCGCGAUGCUCCGAGUCUGCGCCAGGCGGAUAUCAGUCUUGCAAUGGGCAUUGGAGGGACUGCAAUUACUAAAGAAUGCUCUGAUAUCAUUAUAUUGGAUGACGAGUUUCCUUCGAUCGUCACGGUCAUCAAAUGGGGACGAUCUUUAUACACAAAUGUUCAAAGAUUUGUCCAGUUCCGGCUAACUGUCAGCGCAUCAGCUCUAAUUAUAUGUGUUGUUGUGGCGGUUCAUUCUCAUGAAGUUCCCCUAAAUGUUGCGCAGCUUCUGUGGAUUAAUCUUCUCAUUGAUACUUUUGGUGCAUGGGCCUUGGCAUCAGAACCACCAAUUGACAACUUAAUGCGAAAGCCUCCGGUUCGUAAAGGAGAACCCUUUAUAACCAAACUCAUGUGGGCGAAGUUUGUUGUACAGGUUGGUUACCAAGUGACUGCAUUGCUUCUCAUUAACUUUCAUGGAGGGAGUAUUCUGAAACUGGAGAACAAAAGUCUAGAUCAUGCUAACAAAGUCAAGAACACUCUUAUAUUCAAUUCCUUUGUCUUCUGCCAAGUAUUUAACGAGUUUGAGUGUCGGACUCCUGACCAAAGACAUAUAUUCCGCGGAAUCCUAAAGAAUCAUUUGUUCCUUGGAACAGUUACUGUAACUGUUAUACUUCAGGUAAUCGUGAUAGAAUGCCUUGGCAUUUUCAUUUCCACAGUCAGGCUUGACUGGAAGCAGUGGCUGAUCUCCAUUGCAAUCGGUUUUCUCAGUCAAGUCGCUGGUCGCUUUCCUUUCCAAGCUUUUCCCUAUCUCCGGAACUAAGAUUCUUCUUAAACACGUAUAAGACAUACGGCCUUAUAGUGUACGUUGAUAGCUUUGAAUCACUGGAGUAAUAGUAGUUAUUUUUAUUUUCUAUGU